ACUUAUGUGUUUGUUUCAGCAGUUUGCACCACCAAAACAGAGUUAUUUAAAUCUACUCAUCUCUUCUCACACCUCAUCACUCAUAACUCUCUCCCGUUCCUGUUCUUUCUAAUUUCUAAAAAGAUCCACAUUUUUGAGUCUUACAUGUUUGUGUUUAAGUUCACUAGUAAAGCAAGCUAAGUACACUUCUGUUUGUUGUUUGUUAAGUGUCUGUUUCUUAAUUGGCCUGUAUUUUUUUGAUAAUGUAACUGUCAUGCACUGCUAUUACUCAAUUCUUAUGUCUGCGUAGUCCAUGCUCAUUUCUUGUUGUAACUAUGGAUCCAUAAUUGUUUUAGGGGUCUCAUUUUGGGAGAAUAUUCAAGGAUUUCUUGUGUUUAACUGAUCCCAUUUGUUUUAAACCUCUGUAAUUACAUUUUGAUAAAUGGGGUUUCGUUAAACUUGUGCGGCCAUUUUGGUUUUUUGAAUUCUUAGUUGUUCAAAGAUUUCGUAUUAAGAACAUAAAGUUCAAGUCAUGUAACUGAUUUAUAAACUAUGUGGUUGGUUCCUUUAGUUAGAUUUUCGUAAAUGUUAAAAAACAUAAGAAUUGUGGUUAGGUGAUGGAUCUUAAGUGUUGUCACCUUAACCGUUAGUUGAUGUUGCAAUUGAUGGGGAUUCUUGUAGCGUUUUGUUAAACUGAGUACGUUGAUCACUGAUGAAUAUAAUUCGUUAGUAUCUUCCAGGUCUGCUAAGAUAUGAUAUUCAAGUAGGAAAAUUACAAUCUUGAUCAGAUUAGUGAUAAUUAGAAAAUAUUCUUUUGUCAUUCUUUUAAGGAUAUAACACAAUUAUUUUUAAUGAAGUUGAACUAAAAUCAUGUCCAGUACUUGUACACUCUAAUUCAUGGCCCUCCCCCAGGUCCAUUUAUACGUUGAAAAUAAUGAUCAAGCUAUCUCUUACUUUGUGCACAUACUUAUGAACAUAUAGUUACCGUUAUAAUGACCUCUCGAAACCCCUGAGUCAAAACCUACAAGUGUGUCAUUUUUAGCUUAUCUCAGAUCUUUAGUGCUGUAGUUGAUUUCAAAGGUGAAAAAAAAAGUCCCUUUCUUCCCUUGGAGAAAUUCGUAUAUAUAUAAUGGAAGAAACAUUCGUUCCACUACGUGGGAUCAAGAAUGAUAUCCAGAAUAGGCUGUUAUGCUACAAACAAGACUGGACGGGUGGUCUUCGUGCAGGAAUCAGAAUCUUGGCCCCAACAACAUACAUAUUUUUUGCUUCAGCAAUCCCAGUAAUAUCUUUUGGGGAGCAGCUUGAGAGAGAUACUAAUGGAACUCUAACUGCGGUGCAAACUCUUGCAUCAACAUCACUGUGUGGAAUAAUUCAUUCUAUUCUUGGAGGGCAACCACUACUCAUACUUGGUGUAGCUGAGCCAACAGUCUUAAUGUACACAUUCAUGUUCAAGUUUGCAAAAGAUAGAAAGGAUUUGGGUCAGGAGCUUUUCCUAGCAUGGACAGCAUGGGUCUGUGUUUGGACUGCCCUUUUGCUGUUCACUUUAGCCAUUUUGGGUGCCUGCUCUAUAAUCAAUAGAUUUACCCGUCUGGCUGGAGAAUUAUUUGGCCUUCUGAUUGCAAUGCUCUUUAUGCAAGAGGCUAUUCGAGGAGUGGUGGAUGAAUUUCGCAUACCAAGUAGAGAAAAUCCCAACCAGGCUGCUCUUCUACCUUCAUGGCGCUUUGGAAAUGGAAUGUUUGCUUUGUUUCUGUCCUUUGGCCUUCUUCUCACAGCAUUAAGGAGCCGCAAAGCUAGAUCAUGGCUCUAUGGAUCAGGUUGGUUACGUGGAUUCAUUGCUGAUUAUGGUGUGCCACUUAUGGUGCUGGUGUGGACGGCUGUCUCUUACAUUCCAGCUAAUGAUGUCCCAAAAGGUAUACCAAGGAGGCUUGUAAGUCCAAAUCCAUGGUCUACUGGUGCUUACUCAAACUGGAUGGUUAUGAAGGAUAUGCUGAAUGUACCUCCUAUAUAUAUUGUUGGAGCAUUUGUUCCAGCAACCAUGAUUGCUGUGCUUUAUUACUUUGAUCACAGUAUUGCAUCUCAGCUUGCUCAGCAGAAGGAGUUUAAUCUGAAAAAGCCUUCUUCAUAUCAUUAUGACCUCCUUCUUUUAGGAUUCUUGGUCAUAUUGUGUGGGCUUAUUGGCAUUCCACCCUCCAAUGGAGUAAUACCACAAUCCCCAAUGCAUACAAAAAGCUUAGCCACUUUAAAACAUCAGCUUCUCCGGAAUAAGCUUGUCUCUGCAGCUAAGAAGAGCAUUAGUAAGAAUUGCAACCUGGGCCAGUUGUACCACAACAUGCAAGAAGCUUACGAACAUAUGCAAACUCCACUAGUCUACCAGACUCCGUCUUGUUUGGGGCUUAAAGAGCUGAAGGAAUCUACUGUUCAACUUGCGUUGAGCACUGGAUACCUUAAUGCACCAGAUGAUGAGACGGUGUUUGAUGUGAAUAAGGACAUUGAUGAUCUUUUACCUGUUGAAGUCAAGGAGCAACGCCUCAGUAAUCUGCUUCAAGCUGUUUUGGUACUUUGUUGUUUAGCAGCCAUGCCUCUUCUGAAGAUGAUUCCUACUUCAGUACUUUGGGGCUAUUUUGCGUUUAUGGCUAUCGAAAGCUUACCUGGAAAUCAGUUCUGGGAGAGGAUACUUUUGCUCUUCACAGCUCCAAGUCGAAGAUACAAGGUGUUGGAAGAAUAUCAUGCAACAUUUGUCGAAACAGUACCUUUCAAAACAAUUAUGGGCUUCACCAUGCUUCAGACACUGUACUUGCUCCUGUGUUUUGGCAUAACCUGGUUUCCCAUAGCUGGUGUUCUAUUCCCACUAUUGAUCAUGCUCCUUGUUCCCGUGAGGCAGUAUAUGCUGCCCAAACUUUUCAAAGGAGCUCAUCUUCAAGAUCUGGAUGCCGCAGAAUAUGAAGAAGCUCCUGCUAUUACUUUUACCAUGUCCUUUGGAGGUGAACAUACGGAAACAAGGACUGCUCAGAUUGUUAGCGGGGAAAUUCAGGAUGAAAUCGUAACAAGAAGUGGUGGUGAGAUUCGUAGGACACAGAUCCCAAAAGUAACAAGUUCCACCAUAACUUCACAAGAGGAUCAAAACCCUGCAUUUAGCCCACGAGCAUCACAGAAGGCAUGUAGUCCUCACAUGAACGAGUUAAGGUGUAUCGGAGUGAAUGUAAAAGGGAUUGAAAUAACGCAAACACCCAGUCCAGGGACAAGCUGUCCGGGUUCACCCUCAAGCUAAUAUUCCAGUAAGAGUUUAGUGGUUGUCGAGAGGUCUUAUGUGUUGUGAUUUAUGUUUGGCGUUGUUAAUUUGUCUGCACAAUGUAACUUAUUUGCCUCCUCGUACUGUUUCAUGUAUCCAAGUAUAAAGAGAGCUUGAUGACAACUUCCUGAUUAUAAUCGCACUUGACAUUAUUGCA